AUGGGGAGCUCUGACAUAGCCUCUGGUUCCCCCAUCUCUUUGAAGAUGUAUCCAUUCUGGAGAGGGGAGCUCCAGGGAAUCGAUAACCUCCCUGUUCCAGGAGAUCAGCAGGAUAUGGUCUACAUAACAGCCGAGCAUCGGGCUGGUUUCAGACAAAACAUCAUAUCCUCCUCCACGACGCCUCCCCUAGUAACCAGUCCAGACAACUCAGAAGAAGAAAGUAAGUCCUUGAAAAGGAUCCUUGGUCUGCUGAGCCUCCAAGUACUGAAUGAAGAAACAAGUAACUGCAAAGAAGAAGUGAAGCCUCCACCAGCCACCACCACAGCCAGGGGACUUGUGAGGAGCAGCGGAUGGAACUUUCUGAGGUGUGCCUACAUGGUGAUAACGUUCUUCUUUGUGUCCUACAAUAAAGGAGACUGGUGUUACUGCCACUAUUGUAACCCGGACCUGGAUUUGAGAGAUGACCCCUGCUGUUCCUUCCAGUGAGGCAGCUGUGUCUCCCUCAACCCUCACAAGCCCUCUGAGCACUUCACAGCUAAG